AUGCAAGCAUCUAGCUCCUACUGGCGGCGCCUUGCUGGGCAUGCCGUUCCCAGUUUUUGCGCAUUGGCAGUCAGACCCUUUUCGCUCACUGUUGUGUGUGUCUGCCUACUUGGAUGGAGUCUGGGUGCCUGUCAGUCUGAGAUUUCCCACGCGGCUGACGUCAGCCAAGACAUCCAGACUUGCCAACCUGGAGCGAGUCCGCUGGUGCUAGACCUCAACGACAGCACCAAGACUGGCCUUAAAUUCCAGUGUGAGAGCACGCUAACUACCCUCCUCCCGGCCCCCAAGCAAGAAAAGACCUACACUCAUUUCUGCAGGGACUCUGCGUGCCAGGCCGAAACUCCUUUGAACGGACUGAAGCUGCAGGUGUCAGACUCGAACGAGGAAAUCAAGGCACUGAAGGCGCAGGAGAAGACAUAUACACUCUCAGCAACCGACCUUCCGGACGCUCCGUACACCGUUUACUUCGUUUGCGCUGUGCAAUCCGCAAACGUCGAGAACGCAAUGCGUGGCGGAGGAAUCGAAGCAAAGCAGCAAAAAUGUGUCGUGCAGGUCUCAGUCUGGGGAAAGACGGCCACGGAAGUGUCACCAUCCAAUGUCUGCAAAGCGACCCCUAACGAAGCCAUUGCGUUGAAGGUCAACGCGCCCGCGUCCGUCACAUUCGGGUGCGGCGAUAAGCGAGGAUUGUCUCCUGCUCUUUUGGACUACGUCUUCCAGUUGCCUGCCGGAGAGAAAGGGUUGACGGCAGUCCCUCUGCAGUCUCUGGUCCCAAAGGCUACCUUGAUUGCGAAUCGCUCUGGUGAGCCUUCCAAAAAAACAGCAGCGUACACACUUUCCGUACCGGAGUUGCCAGAGGCAGGACCCGUUCAGCUGGUUUACAAGUGCGCAGCACUUAAAUCGGCACCCGUGUCACACGUCGUGCUGCAGCAGGAAGAAGACCAAGUGCCUAAAGAAGAGUGUCGUGUGGUAAUCGAGGUGGCGAAGCGGCCGACAAGCUCCGGGUCUGACGACGAGACCAGUGGAGAAAGGGCGACAUCCCUGAGCGCCGUGUGGGCAUUGGCCCUUGGCGUGCUCACCCACUUUUUGAACAGGGUUUGA